ACCAAGACCAACACACCCAAUUAAGCCCUUAACACCCACCAAACAAACAUGCCAUUCCUUCCAAGUAGCUUAUUUGGUCCCCAAUAUGACCACCCUCCCCAUCACUACAUUGCAAAACCAUUCCAAACCCACCCUACUCCUCCAAAUCACUACAUUGCAAAACCAUUGCAAUUUGGACCCACCCAAAAAACAUUUCACUUACCAAUUUCAGGAGGGACAUCACCAAUUGUUGUCAAUGCAUACGUGGAAUGGAAGGAGACCCCUACAGCACACGUGUACAAGGCACACGUUCCGGGGCUUAGGCACAAUGAAGUGAGGGUAGAAGUGGAAAAUGGGAGAGAGCUAUGCAUCAUUGGUGAAAAGUGGGUGGAGAGGGAAACAAGGAAUGGGAGGGGGCAACUUUUGGAGCGUGCUAGAGGCAGAUUCAUUCAAACCUUGAUGCUACCCGAAAAUUCCAACGUUCAUCGUAUGAAGGCUUAUAUGGAAAAUGGUGCGCUUGUUAUUAAUGUUCCCAAGUACUAAUAAUACUAAGUGGUGAAUAUUGACACUCCCCUGGUGGUGUAGUGUAAAAUAUAUGAAAUAAGAGUAAAUACUACUAUGUGCCGUUGCCGUGGUACUAUUCGGAAGAAACACGGUUAUAUGAAUAAUAAAUAACUUAGGUACUUAAUCUGUUCUUGAUUAUAAGUAUACAAAAACAGACAUAUUUUAUA